AUUAACCUGACUCCAUUGUUUUGCGUCAGUUUCUUCCUGAACUUUUCGAGCUUUGAGGACUUUUACCGAGACUUUUACGGAAUUAAAACAUCAUGGGUGCUUGUUUGGCUCUGGGUUCACUCGGAAGUUGUGCAUCCUGUUUGUGCGGCUCGGCCUCCUGCCUGCUGUCAUCAUGUUGCCCUUCCACAUACAACUCCACCAUCAGCCGGCUGGCCUUCUCCUUCCUGCUGCUGCUGGGCACGCUGGUGUCCAUCAUCAUGAUUCUGCCAGGCAUGGAGGAAAAUCUUAAAAAGAUUCCAGGGUUCUGCGUCGGCGGUUCGCACAUAAUUGGCAUAGAGAACAAGGUGAACUGUGACAUCAUCGUGGGCUACAAGUCUGUGUACCGCAUGUGCUUUGCCAUGGCCUGCUUCUUCUUCCUCUUCUCCAUCAUCAUGAUCCGAGUGCGCAGCAGCAAGGAUCCCCGAGCAGCCAUCCAGAACGGUUUCUGGUUCUUCAAGUUUCUGGUGCUGGUUGGUAUAACUGUGGGAGCGUUCUUCAUUCCAGAUGGAGACUUUAAUACAGUGUGGUAUUACUUCGGCAUGGUGGGCUCCUUCAUCUUCAUCAUCAUCCAGCUCAUCCUACUGAUUGACUUUGCCCAUUCCUGGAACCAGUCCUGGCUCGAGAAGGCGGAGGAAGGAAACACCAAGUGCUGGUUUGCAGCUCUCCUCUCCGUCACCUUCAUCAACUACGCUUUGGCGUUUACAGCCAUUGUGCUCUUCUAUAUCUUUUACACCCAACUUGACGACUGCACAGAGCACAAAGUCUUCAUCAGCCUCAACUUCAUAUUCUGCAUCAUUGUGUCCAUUGUGUCCAUUCUGCCCAAAGUCCAGGAGGCACAGCCCACCUCAGGUCUGCUUCAGGCCUCCCUCAUCUCCCUUUACACCAUGUAUGUCACCUGGUCAGCCAUGACCAACAACCCCAACCGGAAGUGUAACCCCAGCCUGUUGAGCUUGGUCCAAUCCAGCAGCCCAACUCCAGCACCAGGACCCACCUCAGCCCCCGGCACCACCCAGUGGUGGGAUGCGCAAGGCAUCGUGGGAUUGAUCAUUUUCCUGUUCUGCACUCUUUACGCCAGCAUCCGCUCAUCCAACAAUGCUCAAGUGAACAGACUGAUGCAGACUGAGGAAGGUCAGGGUCUGACUGCCAGCGAAGAGGCCCCCGCGGGGGAGGACGGAGUCCGACGGGCUGUGGACAAUGAGGAAGAUGGAGUGACCUACAGCUACUCCUUCUUCCACUUCAGUCUCUUUCUGGCCUCGCUCUACAUCAUGAUGACGCUCACAAACUGGUACAAGCCUGACACUGACUACCACGCCAUGCAGUCCAGCAUGCCAGCCGUCUGGGUGAAGAUCAGCUCCAGCUGGAUCGGCUUGGGCCUCUAUCUCUGGACUCUGGUGGCUCCGCUGGUGCUCCCUGACAGGGAUUUCAGUUAAAAGCCGCCAUCUGCACUUUUGCCAUUUGUACCUUAAGUAAAGAAAGCUUUUGCUUAAACUUGUUCUGCUUGGAUGUUGUACAGAAACAGAGCUUAAGAGCUUUAAUCACAUUCCAGUUUGUCACCUCAGGUAAUUUUUCCUCAUUCUCCACUGUUGCAAAUAUAAUUGAAAGCACUAUAUGCCUUUUAUAGGUCAUUACCAAAUGAAUGCUGAUUUCUAUGGGGAAUGGUGUUUCACUACAUUUACAUCAUACUUUUUUUAAUCAUUGACUCUGUUUCAGUUUGAUGGGAACAUGUUUAGGUUUCUAAGAUGUAUUUGAGUUACCCUUUGUUUUUGUUUUUCACACUUUUGUCCACUUCACAUAUUGUGCCCUUUAAAUGUUUUGCAUACAUUUGAUAUCUGUAAAAAAAUUUGACAUGUAGCUUUGACUCAAUAUAAGUAAUAAAGCUGACAUUCUUUUAAACCUGUAUGCAGUAA